AUGAAUUGUGAACUCCGUUUUGGAUUUUGAUUAGUCAGAGUGCAAAAUGCAGUUUGUGACAAUUGUGCUGUUUAUUUGUGCUGCUGCAGCAGGAUGUCAUGCUGCUCCAGGAUUCCUAACAGACUUCCUAUCCAACUUCAACAUCUUCAAUAACCACACCAGCAACCAAAUCUCUAGCAUCUCCGAAGACAUUCAACCAUUCGCAAAAUGCAGCAUACAACUCAAAGACUUCACCUACAAACAACCAGUAUUUCUUCAAGGCGGAAAAAUCUGGCGACAAACUGCUCCGACACUAAACUUUACUGGCAAAAUCACUUUGGCAUGUCCUGGAGGCACUAAUAUCCUCACAACCACCGAAGAUCAGAUUUCCCAGGCGUCUUGUUCUGGUGCAAAAUUAAGGUACUCUGGCCAAACUUUUGCACCAGGUGAUGUAACUUGCAAAACUUCGGUUACUGGUGAUGUGCAGACAACAAGACAAACUUGUGCAGGUGGUAAAGGUACAUGGUCAAUUGUGGGUUUUGAUUUGAGAAAUGGCAGUUUUGUAGAACUUUACAAAGUUUGUUACAACCAGAGUACUGGUGAUGCCGUCUACUCGCACCACAAGUUGGCAGGGAAAAGCAUCGGAUUUAAGCAGAUUGAGCCAAAUCGUCCAUCCUUCAAGUCAGCAGGAUCAGCUCCUGGUGUUUCACCAGCAGUCGCAUACAAAGGCAACGAGCAACUCGAGAUGUUCAGCAAACUUCUCGGAAAACGCCAAGCCAAAAAGUUUAUAGAGUUGGACAAAAAUAAAAUUCUGGCACGAGGGCACUUGGCACCUGAUGGAGACUUUUCUUUGGUGCCUCACCAAUUUGCAACAUACUUCUACAUCAACGUUUGCCCACAAUGGCAAGUCGUCAACGCCGGCAACUGGUUGAAAGUCGAAACAAUGGUAAGACAGUUAUCUGUAUCUCGUCAAGACGAUUUCGAAGUCUACACAGGAACUUACGACAUUUUAUCCUUGCCAGACCAAAACAAUAACCACCAACCCCUAUUUUUGACAGAAAACCAAAAAAUUUCAGUUCCCAAAUAUUUGUGGAAAGUCGUCUAUAACAAAAGGCGUCAAGAAGGCAUUGCUUUGGUAACUUUGAAUAAUCCUUAUGAAGAAACCAAGCCUGAUUAUUUGUGCAAGAAUAUUUGCGAGGAUAAUAAUUGGAUCCACGAUGGUUUCGAAAAUUUGGACAAAGGUUUCACUUAUUGUUGUGAUGUAAAUGAUUUGAGGAGGAAAGUUGACACUGUUCCUUCUUUGGGUGUCAAAAAAGUGUUGAAGUUUGAGAAAAAAUAA